AUGUCUGCAAACUCCCCCACCCUGGGUCCAUCCCACGAAAACCUGCAAGAAGAUGCGGCGUCCCCAAUAAUAGCAUCCGAGAUACCGGCCGAAGACACCACAGCGACAGCCCCCGAAUCACAACAAGCUUCGCGGCCUAGCCAUGCGCCAACUGAGACAACGGCUGUGGAAGGGAAUCCUGUAACAACAGCAGACGCAACUAUAGCAGCAGAAGCACUGUCAGCUAACCCGGCCGUCGCACCAACUCAACCACCUCCACCAUCCUCCGUUGCCUCCCACCAACCUGUAACCACUGCUACAAUAGCUCCUACAGACACCGCCGCCGCUGCUGCUGUUGUCUACACACCAUUGAAAGAUAUGAAGACAGCAUCAUCGCCCAUAGAGCCGACAGUGGCGUCACUGUCAAUCACAUUACUGCUCAUCUCGGGCGUGCGCCAUCAAUUCGUGAUGGACGAGGCGUAUCUAACGCGGCACUCGGUCAAGACUGGAAAAGAGGCUCUGAAGGAUCCGUUCGAGAUGAGCGUAUGGCAACUGAAGGAGUGUAUAUGGAAGGAUUGGAAAGAAGAAUGGGAUCAAAGGCCAGCUAGUGCCAUGUUCAUAAGGCUUAUACAUUUCGGCCGCAUGUUGGAAGACAAACAUCCUCUCAAAGACUGCAGGCUCAACCAAGACACCCCGAACGUCGUACAUAUGACCGUCCGUCCUCCAGAGGUUGGUGACGAUGAAAUGACGCAACGGAGCGCAAAGGGAUUCGGACACAAUAGGGAGAAUGGCAAUAGCAGUAGCUCUCCCUCAUGUAGGUGUGUCAUAUUGUAG